AUGGCGGCCGAGUUGGAGUACGAGUCAGUUUUGUGUGUGAAGCCGGACGUCAGUGUCUACCGCAUUCCGCCUCGGGCCUCCAACCGCGGCUACAGGGCAUCUGACUGGAAAUUAGACCAACCUGAUUGGACUGGUCGCCUACGAAUCACUUCAAAAGGAAAGAUUGCCUAUAUCAAACUUGAGGAUAAAGUUUCAGGGGAGCUUUUUGCUCAGGCACCAGUAGAACAAUAUCCUGGCAUUGCUGUGGAGACAGUGACAGAUUCCAGUCGCUACUUUGUAAUACGGAUUCAGGAUGGCACUGGGCGUAGUGCUUUCAUUGGCAUUGGCUUCACAGAUCGGGGUGAUGCUUUUGACUUUAAUGUCUCCUUGCAAGAUCACUUCAAGUGGGUAAAGCAGGAAUCCGAGAUUUCCAAAGAGUCUCAGGAAAUGGACACUCGUCCAAAGUUGGAUUUGGGCUUUAAGGAGGGACAAACUAUCAAAUUGAGUAUUGGGAACAUUACAACCAAGAAAGGAGGGGCUUCUAAGCCCAGAACUGCGGGGCCUGGAGGCCUAAGCUUACUCCCACCCCCACCUGGAGGCAAAAUCAUUAUUCCUCCACCAUCCUCCUCAGUUGCCAUUAGCAACCAUGUCACCCCACCACCUAUUCCAAAAUCUAACCAUGGAGGCAGUGAUGCAGAUAUCCUUUUAGAUUUGGAUUCUCCUGCUCCUGUCACAACACCAGCACCAGCUCCAGUUUCUGCAAGCAAUGACUUGUGGGGAGACUUUAGCACUGCAUCCAGCUCUGUUUCCAACCAGCCACCACAACCAUCCAACUGGGUCCAGUUCUGA